CCAGGAUCAAACAAAACAAAUCAAUGACGCACCGUUUUAACUUGAAAUGUAUUAUAUAUAACCCCUUUCCAAUUAUGUGUCUAAUUUAAUCCCGUAUUCCUCCUGGUAUCGGUUCCCUCUGUAGUUUGCCCCAGCCGACACCCCCCUCUCGGCUCUCUUUAAAGUGGUACGCUCCGUCUUGCUGCCAUGUUGGAUGUACGCAUCGAUGCUGCAUCUGCUGGAGUUUCCGAAUGAAAGUUGAGCGUUUAUGUGAUUUCAGAGCCGAACUGAGAACUUAUUUUUCGAUUUAACACUGAAAAGUAAACGUCGAGGACCUUUUGAAAGCAGGAGCACGCCCGGAAACAACCCCCGACCUCCUCCGCCCUCCAGCUCGGAGUCGGACUCAGCGGAGAUGAUCCGGUUGCAGGCCACAGCAACCGGAGCCCGCAUGGAUUUUCUGUAAUUACAACUAUUUGCCGAGUCCUUUCAAGGAUAACCGCGUCGUUUUGGAGUAAACUAGACUAAUCCCAGAGCCAUGAACAGCCACCCUCCGCCGCGCAGGUCUGCCAACGUGGGCUCCAUCCUCCUGACCCCGCAGGAGAACGAGUGUCUGUUCGGAUACCUGGGCAGAAAAUGCGCCGUAAGUUUCCCAGUUUGUUUACCACCUGCAGGGCCGAAGAAGAUGCUGGUGCAUGCAGCCAGGCAUCGUUAAAAGACCACUAACAUGUGCCUCUCUCGUUCCAGCAGCAGAGACUAUUUGGAAACCGCAUUGGCGUUUGAGUCAGGGGCCCGGUGCUGCUGCUACAAAACCGAUCCAACUUAAAUCGAUCGGUUAUUAUCUAAAAAAUACCGAUAUCCAAAAUUAUGCUCAAUUUACCUAUUAACCUUUAUCAUAUAAUCGCGUUUAGGGUUGUAGUUGCUUCAAAACUGUCUUUGUCCUGUUAAGUAGUAAUGUCAAAUAUUUCUGAUAAGGUAUUACGAUGUGAUAUCAGACAUGUUACAUAACGAUAACAUCACGAUACGCGAUUCUGUGAUAAUUAAUCGACUUCAGGACAACCGUGUGAUGAUGCUGCACCACAUGAACUGAUUAACCCAAGAGUCUCUAUAGGGUUAAGAGCAGGAUUAAUGUCACGAGGAGUCAUGAAGUGGUGAUAUCAGUGAGUUAAAGUGGUAGAGAUACGCUCCUGUUACUGUAAUUAAUGAGAAAAAAAUUAGCAAUUGAAACCUCACAAUGCACGCUUAAUUUUGUUAACUGCAGCCUCUGAAAUAACAGCCUGAAGUGAUAUUCCUCAGUAUCCAGAUCUAGGUAUGGGAAUCGAGAACCGGUUCUUGUUGAGAACCGGUUCCAAAUGGUUCAAUCCAUCAACAUCGUUCACAUUUUAUCUUAACAAUUCCCUUAAUGAUUCUUUUCUUCCGGUCGUCAGCCACUGCUGUUCCGUCUCAACAAUGGCAUGGAAGGUACGUUUGUCCUGUGUUAACACAAGCACAAUGCAUGCCAGACUUGGACUAACUGAGUUAGAAGCACGUCAAAAACGCUCGACCCGACCCCAAAACCCUCGAAAUUUUGCAUGCAACUCCGCCUCCCAUGAAGUAAUGUCCUCGUUAAAGAAUUGAAUCAAUAAGCAGUCGAAAAUGGCAUCGAUAUUGAUAAAAUCUUAUCAAUCCCCAUCCCUAUCCAAAUCAUCCAAUAAGUGUAGUAGAUUAUAAAUUCACCUCCUGAGUAGAGCUGCAGUUAUCGAAUAUUUUAGUAAUGGAGUAUUCCAUCGAAUAUACCAAUUACUGGAGUAAUUGGACCCAAACGGCAAACUCACGUAAAGUUAGAUUUCCUAUAGCCCCGCAAUGAAGGCCAGACUCGAAAUAGAGGACAAUCGCGGAACAAGCGUUAGCGGAUUGCAAUGUUCGUAAGAAAGCUAAUUAUGAUAUUAACUUUGCUAAAUAGCUCCUAUGUUACCUGCUUCUGCGACAACACCAGCAAUGUUAGGCUACAAGCCAGCAUGAAGAGAAAAAAGCCCCUCUCAUCAUUUAUUUUUUCCGCACUGCAAAACCUAAACAGCGCUUACUCCUCCUUCUACCGUGGUGACGUUAGCGCAUUGUGUCACCUUAACAAAAAUCCCUGCGAAACAGUGGCGAUUUGAGCUUAUAAAUGAGUACUCGAGGCAGAGACAAUUCCUCGAUCAUUAUCUGUAAUCGAGGUACUUGAGGUAUCCGAGGAAUCGUUUCAGCCCUACUCCUGAGAAUACAAAAGUCUCCAGCAGGGCUCCGGGUGGUACGCCAAACACAUUAUGAUUCUGUUAUCUGUUUUGUUUUCUAUGAAGGGUUUGAUAACUGGAAUUUGAUGUGAUAACAAGAUUUAUACUCGGUGUCAACAAGUCUGUAAAGGUUAAAUCUACUAGAGACUUGUUUUGUGGCCUAAAACUUUGAUUUAUCUGUCAUCUAAAACCAGCUUCAGGUGGUCUGAAUGCUGUUCAGCCUUAUUUUUGCUGCUUUUAUGUCUUAUUCUUGGUGUAAAAAGAUGAGAAUUUUAAGGUACAGAUGUGUCAUGUUGUGUUCAAAUGUCUGAGUAGUGAAUUGUUGAGGUGCAGCACAUCCGUCAGCAUAUUCACGGAUGCUUGAGUCCUGACAUUUAGAGAUUGGACAGGAAGUCUCCCAUCCUUUUUACAUUUAUCAAACUCAACCAGCUGUUAUCGGUCACCUCAGGCCCACUUCAAACAGCCUCAAACCAUUUUAAUUAAAGAGACUCUUUAAUGUGGAAACCAACAGCAGCUGGGUGUUGUUUAUUUACCGAAUCAUAUCUGACACCAGAGUUCCCCAAUGAGGCCACAAACUCCUGAAUUACGACUCAGAUCUUUGGGUUGUUGAUGCAGUUUGAUGAGUUCAUGACAGCUCAGCAGGUUUUCGUGUCAGCUGCUGCUGCAUCAGAGCGCAGACUGCAGAGGAGACUGCAGGAAUUUUCUACAUGCACCUGAGCUCAGAGGUCAGAUCAGUCAGUUUUAACUAACUUUGACUCGUCAGGUGGAUUUGUACUGGCCUGAUGCUUUUGAACUUUAACACCUUAUGGUGGGAAAAUCUCUGAGGAAGCUCCUGAAUACCAAAACCCGACACUGAAUGUUUUAAUCAAACCCUUUUCUGGUGUUUCUGUUAAUUAGCGCAGAUUGAAUUGAUUGAAUCAGGCCCGAAUGACUCGGCAGAAACAAAAGGGAUCUGGUUUUGGGCCUGAAUGUAAAUCCUACAUUAUAGCUGUUAGUUUAAGCUUAUGUAGGGAACAAUCAGUCCAACACCGAAAUCUUUGAUUGGCUAAAUUAAGAAUAAAUUGCAUAAUAACUCUUGGAUCUUAUUUAAAGACCAACAUCAGAACAUGGUGUUAAAAAAUCUUAUUUGAAGUCAUAUUUUUGUCUUUAAAUUAAUGUUAAGAUGUGUUGGAUAAUGUAGCUUUGAAAUGUGUUGUGGUUGCUAUGGUAACAUGAUUCGAGUCCGUACUCCUGUUAAGUGGAAGGAGAGGGAGAAACACGAGUCGAGGAAGAAAGACAAAGAUGAAGUCGUCUGAAGGAGAGGGACUGAAAAUGCAAGCGGGAGAAUGAUCCCACAGCGAGGUUCCAACUCUGAAGCUGAACGUCAGCGUUUAAAAGAAAGACCUCCACUCACACAGGACCCAUCUGUUCCCAUUACAACCAAGACUGCUCGCUGAAGUGCUUUUGGGCCCUGUGAAUUCUGGGACACAACGCUGCGUCGUCAGUUACCGCCGUGUUUUUUAAACAGUUUUUGCUGCAUGGAGAUAGUUAAGACGACUCGUACCUCAGAAACUCAGCUCUGUGAAGGGAUGUCAUGUCCACUCAUAGAUAACGCUGUAACCAAAGAGUUACCGAUUAUUACAUCCUGAUUUUGUCGUCAGUUUUUGUUUAAAGGUCCACUGAUCAUCUUGCAGCGAUAUUUGUGGAAAUAUCCUUAAAAUGAGUGUUUAUUUAUCUACAACUUACAUGCUCCUCUAGGUUCAGUAUCAGACUUUGAUACUGAACUUUAGCUGAGAUCUGAAGCAUACUCUCAUUGUUUGGGUGGGUAGAGCUGAUCUCAUUUAAAGAGCAGCAUUUGGACUUACUCCUUUGCAUGUCCUCUUCCACUUUGCACAGAUGGAGGGGUUUUUCGGUAGGUUGGGGGUAAUUCACAAAGCGGGAUUAGAAAGUUAGAUCGAUGUCUGCGACUCUUGUAAGGCUAAAUCUGGUGAUGCCAAUUCAAACCUAAAAAUAAACAGUCAUGUCACCUGUCGUAUCAUUAGUCAUCUUUUUAAGGUGAGGCUUUUAUUGAGAAGAAAAACAGCCUCACAAAUAUUACACGCAGGCUUCCUAAAGUUAUGGGGCUAAUUUGCUAAUCCGGCUUUGAGGAGAUUGUGGUGGAUUUAUCUGGAGGCAGAUUACAUGAAAAGUUUUUGGGAAGCUCUAAGUUGGAUAGUUUAGAUGUCUGACUGUUUGUUGUUUUUUUUAAUCUAAUCCGAACCAAAACAAGAUCUGGAGGUCUCAAAGUGUUGGUGGUCUAAAAGACAAGCCAGUCCACAUCAGGGGUACAUAGUUGUUUUUAUGUUUUUUACAUUUGGUUAAAGUAGACCUUUUAGGGAGACCCAUGUUUUGGCACUUGCAUAUGUUCAUAUCUAUCCAGUCCUGUUUCCAGGUGCAGGUCUGAACGGCCUGUUUCCUCCUGACAUCAGCAGGAUUAGGACUUUUUCCUCACUCUGCACUUUAUUGAUUCAGUGAGCUGUGAAGGAAAGUCACAGUAUUCUGGUGAUUCAUUUUGUAAAUGACGGCCAGGACGAGCUGGAUUUGAGACUGUUUCAUCUAGAAAGACCUCCUCGAAGGCUCACAAUCACAAGAAGUAAACAACAUGAGAACAGCAGCUGACGUAUCUUUAGCUUAUGCAUGUUAAAAUAGCUAAACAUGGGUGUCAACGUGUCCUCAUAAAGGCAUGAUGUUUAUGUUGUUUAGUGAAGACAAAGCUGUGUAAAAAGAAACACCCUUGAGCUGUGUAACACAACUCACCUACUCUCUUCCAGCAGUCGCUUGUUUGUAGCGAGACCUCAGGCCAGUCUAUUAUAGACUACAGCGGGGUGACGCAGCUCAAGGAAGAACAUUUAUGAUCAUUUCUUCAUGGAAAUACAGUCAGACCAAGACGCUAAGGCAGAAGAACUACCGCGUCUGUAAAAUGAUUAAUAUGGUGAUUAUUACUUCAAGGAAAUGAUAAAGUAAUAAACCUUUAAGGGAAGAAAACAGCCGCUUUAGUCAGACACCAAUUUCUUCUCCAGAAGCACCUGAAGGGGUUUAUUCUUGGUCUGUUUUCAGGCGUGUAUUUCUGAGAAUUUCCAGAACAUUUCAGGACAGAAUUCUCCCAAAACCCUCCAGAAGUGUUCGUUCACACACGUCCCAAACAGUCUGUGCGGUGUUCCCUGACUUGCAGAGAUGAUGAAGGGUCUUGUGAUGAGGGUAGGAGGCCGAACAGUAAAGUGUAAAAAUGUUACUCAAGAUUGUCGACUGACAGGACAGAGUUGGUGUGAAAAUCUCAUCUGUUCGUGUUGACUCCGAUAAUUUAGAUGAAGAUUUCAGCUCUUAAAUCAUGUGUGAACACGUCUUAUCUUCUUCUUUGAUUUACAGCUGCUGACCUAAAAUCCGUCGGUUCUGAAUCAUGAGUGUUUUGAAUUGAGAGGUCACAGUCGGCCUCUAACCAGACCCAAAUGACUCGCAGGGAUGUUUGACAUGCUGCUCAUUUAGCUUCAGUCCAGCUAACACGCUGACUUUGGCAGCUAACAGUCCCCUCGUGGAUGUCGGUUUGGCGGCCUGUUCGGCGUGCUAGCUUGCGGAGAAUGACUCGUCACUGCUCGUGUUUUCACCUGCAGCACUUUGAGGUCGAUUUCCAAUGUCGUGUUUGUGGCUAUCAGCUGAUGUAACCUCCAGAGUCUUCUGUGUUUAUCGCCGCAUACUUUCCCCUCAUUGAGAAUCAACAGAGCUGUAAUGAGCCUUUUAACAGCCGACCUCCGACCUUUCCCGUGUGAUGCUGAGUGGUGAUUUCAUGGUGAAAAGUGUUUCCUGCCGGUCCUCUGACCCGCUGCCAUAAAUCACAGAGGAGGAAACCGGCUCUGUGGCAUUUCCUCUUUCCUCCCUGGGCGGCUGGAGUUACUCGGUCCUGGCAGAGGAUUUAACAGAGAGCGACUUCUGCAGAGAGCUGGAAACCACAAACCAGAACAGUCAGAGGACGGGACAGUGCUGAGGACAGCAGCUGGAGUCUGUUUCCCGUCAGGCAGAAAUCAAGGUUAAACUCAGUGGAGAAAAGCCAAACAGACUGAAUCUGCAAUAAAAGACUCGCUGUCAGGUUACGGAGCGCGCUCAGAGCCUCCGUACUGGACAAACAGAUCCGCACAUGCAGCUCUUCAGAUGCAUUUUCCAGAUUAUACGUCGACACAGUGAUCCAGACAAAAGAUGGUUUUAGGGCCGAACAGUGCAGCGAUUCGACUGCCAAAGUUAGUCACAUGACCUAAAUUCAUCCAAACAAAUGUUAAAGACCGAACUUAAGGCAAACAUCGGACAAAAUAAGAAGUGUUCGCAGUUAAAGAUUGAAAAAUGGUCCAAAAGAAAGAGACGCAUGUAUGUGGUUUCAGUCUGAGUCCUUGUCUUAAAAAUCGAAUCGUGGACCGUGAUAUUCUGGGUUAAGACAGGUUAUGGUUAAAGCUCCAUCAGGCGAUUUAACCAGACUGCUGUCCUCUUCUCAGUGUCGAGAAUCCAGUCAUUGACAGAAGUGUGUUCGCCUCAGUGACAAGCUGAAAAAGGUGUGUCCUUCGACCAUAACUAUCAGGUCUCGGUUGACGUGAACACGAGGAUUUACGUUGAGCGAUGAAAACUCUGUCAUUAUUUCAGCUCUGUACCGUUUGUUUCUACGACAGGAAAGUUUUGGCUUCUUUAUGUAGGGCCGGGCAAUAAACCGAAAGUUUACCGAUACGGAAAUAUAUGACGUGUGCAGGUAGGCUAUGGUCUCAUGUCCCUUUAAGACGCUGUCCUACGUCAGAGACGUGACUCCACCCCAUCCAGUCCAUAACAAAGAGGGAAAGACAGGUGAGGAGAUGGAGGACGGUUCAAAAGUUGUAGCAGCUGAAGUAGACGAAGUUAAUGUGGGAGGGGGUGAGCAGCUUGUGGAGUACUUAUCGUCCAUUUAUUGUCAUCGAGGUGAACUGAUCAAUAUAUUGUGAUAUUGAUUUGAGGCCAUAUCGCCGAGUCCUAUCUUCACGUCCUCCUUUUGUCCGUUGAGGUUUUGUUGCUACUUCUAGUGUCGACCAAGCUUCUUCAUCCAGCUGCAUGUUUGUCUUUAAAUGUAACUGAUGAUCUCACUAAUGUGUAGUGUGGUUAUUAUGGUAAGGGUUUGCUUAACCGUCUGGACUAUAUCGACUCAUAUUUGAGUUUUUUGGCCUUCUAUAUUCGGAGCAGACAGAACGGGGGAUAGAUCAGGAAAUGGGGCGUGCAAGAAGCAGCACCUAAUUGUAUUUUUGACAUCCGUUAAUGAUGUGUCAUAAUGAGCGGCUUCUGAAAUAUCACCCAUGCUAAUGAUCUGCCCCCUUGUUGAACCCCGUGCUGCUAUUUUAAGCAGUACUCCAGACAUGACUCUGGAGACGGCGGCAGCAGCGGCGUUGUUUGGUCUGGAGUCAAAUGGAAGAGGUGCAGAGAAACUUUUUUUACAGGAACUGAAAGUGUCCUCCUGAUGAACCUGUCUGCAGAAUCUGCAGGGCCCACCCUCUCAGAUCAGGCUUGUGAUGUUUUUUUUUUUUAUUUGCAUAUGUGGUCUCAGCGUUUCCUCAUUGACCUGUCAACUGCAGGUGAAAUGUUUUGCAUCAUGCAGAUUUCCUCUUCCUUGUAAAUCGUGCAGCUUGUAGGCAACCAGUUUGAUAUCAUAUCUGUGCAGCAGAGUCACUUUGCAUGUGUCAGAGCUGAUUAAAUUGUUGAUACUCACCGUCCUCUUCUUUGUCCUCCUCAGACUCUGUGUUCGGCGGUGGUCCAGGUGUACGGAGCCGAUCGGAGCUGUACCUGGGUGAAGCGGUGCUGUGGAGUGGCCUGUCUGGUCAAAGACAACCCACAGAGGUCCUACUUCAUCAGAGUGUUCGACAUCAAGGUGAGCGUGACAGGAAACUGCUGCGAGGAGGGUUUUUAGAGAAACACGGCGAGCUAAAGUUGGAGGCCACUCGGCUCGCAGCUCAGCGGGAGUCAAGCAAAAUAUGAAAGAUCAUGCAUCAGAAUGAAGGAGGUUCAAAAAGCAAAAACUUUAGAGGAUUUAAGAACCAAAACCCAAAAUCUCAACCAGAAAAACAACAUCAGGACACGACAGCUGAGGAGCCUGAAUGAUGACUGUGAAAAACCAAAGUGAAACACUGACUCAGCAUCACCAGACCAAAAGAUAAACAACAUGACCAAGACCAACUGAAGAUGUUGGAUGAUGUGAGAAUACAGGGAGGUAAAAGCAGUAAAGUGAGAUUAAAAGAGCAAUAAAAUGAGAUAAAAACGGAUUAUAAAGCAGUAAAGAUAAGAGAGCAGUAAAGGAGCGAGAGCAACAACAGAUAUCAGAGCUGUAGAGUAAAUCAGAGGGAAGAAUAAACAACAAAGAGAAUUAAAUCGUUUAUUUAAUCAGCGUUUAUUCACAUAACGCUGUUUUCAACAUUACGACUGUAAAACUUUAAAUCUCCACAGAAAAAAAGUCUUAAAUGUGGACGAAUCGACCAAACGAGGGGAGACAGGGCUGCACCGUGAUGCAUUCAGGGUCAGGCCGGUAAAAUAUGUGAUGGGUUCAAUUCAGUUCAACUUAAAAAGCUUUAUUUGGGAAUUGGAGGCACAAAUAAACGAUGUAAACUCUGUACCACUGUAAACAAUCAAGAGGAAUAAACAAUAUUACAAAUGAUAUCUUUGAAAUAAAAUAAGGAGAAAUAAAAAUACUUACUACUGAAAUAAUACAAAGAAAUCUGGGUACCGGGGCUCAGCAGGAUGGGUGCAAAUUGGCAUUAGGUAAGGUGGGUGGAAAUAAGACUUGACGAAGACGUGUUGAAAAAAGAAAAUUCAAAUUUUGGCGAGAAAUUUAAAUAAUACUGUUUAAAUACAGAAUGACUAUUUCAUACGAGAUAACAACCUUGUAAGUGUACACACAUGAGCUUCAACAGGCCUUAAAGCUCCUGUCAGGAACUUUUUCUCUGUGUUAACUUUGGCGCCCCCCUUUGGUCAAAUUCUGUAUGGACAUGACCAGUUUCAGGCAUUCAAAACGACAGUGUUUGUCAUCAAUGUCGUCGUUAAUGGUCGUGUUAGCUUCUGAAUAUUCAUCGAAAUAUAUUUUAGUGUUUUUCCAAAAAAAGUGGAAAAACUCCUUACUGCAGCUUUAAAAAAACAUGAUAAAACAAAAUUUCAAAAUAAGAAUCUAUAUAUUUAUCCACUGGCAUGUCAAUAAAAAGUACUCAAAACUUAAAAACAUCCUUUCAUAACUAAUUAAUUUAUGAUUAAUCCUGAUUUGGUCCCACAGGCCUGAAUCAAACCUGUAAAUUUCAGCUCUUUUUCCUGAAUUUGUUCGUAUUUCACCUUCACUCUGGCUCCUCCGUGUCUCUGCAGUAUUUGGGACGUGGCCAGGCUGCAUUUAGACUCUGCUGGAAUUAACGGAAAAAAUGAAAACGCUGCUUUCAACAUGAGGGAAACUCUUUUAAUGGAUCAAAGUGAAGCAGCAGCAGCAGCAGCUGAUCUGUUUUUACUGUCUGAAGUUCAAACAGGCUCUCAAACCUGCAGCCGAUCCCUCACUCUCUCUUUUCGUUCGCCCAGUUAUCGAUUGGACGUGACUUUGUUAAUGACUGGGUUGUUAUGCAGAGUAAAUCUGAGAUUAUUUGAUUGUUUAGUUUACUGAUUUCAGAUUUCGCUGAUUCUGUAUCACUGUUGGAAGAUUGAUUUUCAUACAGACUCUUAACUGUGAGCUCUUUUCUGGGAGGAGAAGAAUCAAUGUGAAACUCGGUCCUCUUUAAAUGAGAAGGAGGACUCUCGUGUGUGGUGGAGGGAAAAUCUGCAGAGUCACUGAUGUUUCUCCUUUAAUCUUCAGACGGGAGUUUUUCUCUCUGAUGUUUUCUUUCCUCUGUGUCUCUGCAGGAAGGGAAAACCAUGUUUGAGCAGGAACUGUACCACAACUUCUCCAUCAGCAGCGCCAGAUCCUACUUCAUCUCAUUCGCAGGAGAUGUAAGUGAGCGGAUGUGUUUCUAAAAACUCCUGGUCUGAGAGAUAAGGUCUAGGUCUGUUUAAUAAGGUGUGAUGAUCACAGCCUGUUUUACGCUCAGAUAGGAAAUACGAAGCAGCGUCUGGCCUUUAAAGGCUGCUGCUGAUUCUGACAGAGCUGAGGGGACAGAUCUGUUUCCAAAGAGAGAGAGAGCAGGAGCAAAAAUAGGACAGCUGAAGAAACUCUGGUACUCUCCUCUAAAUGAGCUCUGCAGGUAGUUUUAUUUGCAUGAAAUGGAUUUAAAAAGCAGCAGACAUUCAUCAGUAAAAACGUGAUCCUGGAUCAUGAUUGAGUCUCUGGAUUAAGUCCACAUUAGGGAUGCAGUAUUUUAUUUUUGGUACAACAUUAAAGCUUUAAUAUUCAUCUUUUAAAUUGCAGUGUUUUCGGUUUCGCUUUAUCAAUCCACACAUUGGAGGAUGAAUCUCCGAUCACUGCAGGUAGAGUCACUGCGGUUACACUGAGUGGCCGAAUAUUAGAAUCUGUGAAAACACUGAGUUUCUCUGCGGUGUAAAAUAAAAAAUCUUCUAAAUAAAAGGCCGAGGGGUUCACCAAGGAACCAGGUUUGGAUCUGAAGAGUUUUCAGUGUCACAAAUAGGGAUGGGAGUUGAUAAGAUUUUAUCAAUAUAGAUGCCUUUAUCGAUUCAAUUCUUUAACGAAUCCAUUAUCAAUGCCUUUCUUUGACUUAUAACAGGAAAAAAAUGUAUGCCACCUUCAGUUUUUUUCCUCUAAGUUCUCUGUUCUCGUUCGCGUAGACUGAUUCUCGCAAGACCGUUUUUCAAGGCACCCGGAGGAGAGGAAUCGUGAAGGGAAUCGUUAAGAUAAAAUAUAAACAAUAUCGAUGGAUUGAACCAUUUGGAACUGGUUCUCCAUUCCCAUCCCUAGUCACAAAGCUGCCUCUCUUUAACUCAUGCUAACUCCUGGGUAAUGUUCAGGGUUUCAGCUUUAAAUUGACGGUAAAGUGCCGUCUUUUCUCUGGGAAGUUCAUGAAGUCUUGUGUUCCUCUUCCUGCUUCCUGAGUGUGGGAGGGGGAUUAGAGUAGGAGGCACAAAAUAGACUAAUAACAGGUGUAAAUAGCGCUAAAACCUGCAUUCAUCUGGAGUAAAUUCAGGUGUUUUUAUCUCUGUGUUCGUGUUGUAGAAAGGAGAAUUAUCACCGUUGACUUUCCCAAGUAUCACACAGAAAUUAGAAAUCUGUUUUUAACAUGUUCUGGAGAAGAAAACAUGAAGAUUUGAUUUUUAAUGUGCAUGAAGUAAUGAAUUAAUAGAUACAAGUUUGUUCAAGACCCGAUUAGACAGAGCGGUGUCGCUUAAUAAGACAUUUCAGCUACAAUAAAACUGAGCAUAAAAAGCGUCACUAUAAAGGCAAAAGAAAAAUAUGGAAAAAAGCUGAUAUGAAGGUUAGAAAGCAGCUGAAACAGUCAGUAAAAGCUGGUUCACCUGAAGCCAAGGUGCAGUUUUCACUCCCAGGUCCUGCUCACCUUGUUGACUAAGCCCUGAGAUAUUCCAGUCUCCAAUGCAAAUAAAUGUAACGGUCAUGUAAUCUGCAUCUUUUCUGUGUUUCCUGUUUCCACUUUUAUUCAUGCAAAACAUUCACAACUUCCCUGAAACACCUCAUCUCUUCCUGGUCACGGCAGAAGUUGUAUAGAUAAGACAGAAAAAGGAAAGUGUGGAUAUAAAUAUGUAAUAUCUAAAGAGUUUCCUUUUCUAAUUUACAAAUUUAACAGGUUAGAGGCGUGUUAUUGAGAUUCAGAAAGAAGCGAACAGAAGUCAGUAAAAUGUGUCCAACACUGAUUCGUUAAUGUUUUUAUUUGGGGACAAAGAGGGCCAGGUCUGGAAGUUUAAGGUUUCUUUCCUUUGCACAUUAUGAAGUGUUUGAACUCGCUGUGGUUUUCCCUCCUCUUCUCUCAGACGUGUCAGAUCGGAUUAAACUUUGCAAGUGAAGAAGAGGCCAAAAGGUUCAGAGCGGCCAUCAACGACCUGCUCAACCGGCGACAGCGCAAAACAGGUGAGUUUACACUUAGAGUUUGUCUUCUUCUUCUGCUUCCUCUAACCUGUCUUCAGGUCCUCCUACUGCUAACAGAUCCUCACCUUUAAACCCAAACCAGUCCGCCUUACUCAUGUCCAGAUGUGCUGAGGUUGUAAAACUGAAUCAAACAGGAAUGAGUCUGGUUUCGGUUUGGGACAUUUCUCUGCAGCUCUGAUCCUUCUGUGUUUCUCUUUCACUCUGUAAACGUCUCGGCUGUGAAGCUCCUCUCAACACGCUGACUUUGAACGCACCUCCGCUGAGUUUGAGAGCUAACAUGAGCUUACCUCUUUCUUCUCCCACUAACUCUGAAGACCUAUUGAACUGCUUUUCCGACUCCUCGCUGUCAUCUUUCAAACCUUAGGGCUUUAAACCACCAACUUUCCUCUGACUGCCGUAAAAAUCACACUAACUGAACUUCAGCCUGAGCGGCUCACCCUCUUCUCUCGCUGCUAAUAUCCUCCUGAUUAAAUGUUCUCAUAGCGGUGUUGUUACUUUGUUCUGAAAAUGUGAAUUUUUCUUUUGCAGAGAAGAGAGGUGACCCGAAAAAUGGUAUGUUAAACUCUAUUUCUGAUUACAAAGAUGAAGUUCUGCUCACUGUACCAGUUCAAAGAGGCAUUCAGAGGCUUUUUACUUCGCUAUCUUGUAAAAACAGGUCAUUAUUUUGCGGUAUUUUGCUGUCAUACAAUUAUAGUAAUACAGAAACAAAAUUAUAACAGAUUUCAAUUGUUUGCAAAUCCUAUAAAGAAAAUAAAUUGAAUGUUGAAAAUGAAAAAGUUGAUUAAGACUGAGAGGAACGUCUCUAACUAAUAUGGUUUAUUUAUAACAUGAAAGUCACAUGACUGGGUCUAAAAAAGGACCUUCAGAGAGGCGGAGUCACUCAGGAGGAAAGAUGGAAGAGGUUCACCACUCUGUGAGAGACUGCGUGAGCUAACAGUUCAACAGUUUCAGAAUAAUGUGAAAGAAUGAGUGGAUUUUAUCAUCUACAGUACAUAAUAUUAUUCAAAGUCUCAAAUCAAUAUCACGCUAUGUAUUGAGCAGUUCACCUCGAUAACGAUAAAUGGACGAUAACUACUCAACAAGCUGCUCACCCCCUCCCACAUUAACUUCGUCUACUUCAGCCGCUACAACAUAAAUUUCGGUAUCGGUAAAUUUUCGGUUUAUCGCCCACCCCUAAUUCAAAGAUUCAGAGGAUCUAGAGACAUCACUGUACUAAAGGGGGACAAGGACCAACACUUAGGGCAUUAAAAAUAGACAGGACUCUCGAGUGGCAAUCACCGCAUGGUCUCAGAAUUACCUCAGAAACCAUUGAUGGUGACCACAGUUCAUAACUGCAUCCUCCAAUGAGGUUCAAACUGAACCAAAGAGGAAACCAGAUAGAAAAAGGAUCCAGAAACACUUGAGACUUCUCUGGACCUGAGCCCGUUUAAGGUGGACUGAGGGGGAGACUGUCCUGAGGUCUGAUGGAUCAAAAUUUGACAUUCGUUUGGAAAAGACAACUGGACUAACUUGAGAUGUUUCGCCAAAGUCCACUUGCCCUUUCAACGAAAGAUUGCAAGUCAUAGAUGCUGUAUCCUUAGUUUUAAAGAGCAGCUGGUCCAACCGGCUUGUUCUCAGCGCCCAGUCCAAAUCCAGCAUCCCUGAUGGUCAGGGGAUCAUCAGAGUCAGUGUCAUCUGGACCUGAGUCCAUUUAAGGUUGACUAAGGGGAAGAGGAAAACUGUCCUGUAAUCUGAUUGAUCAAAAUCAGACAUCUAUUUGAAAAGGACUUCUGGACUUACUUGAGACGUUUCGCCUAAUGCUUAUUGGUCCUUUCAACAAAGAACUGUAAAGCAUAGAUGCUGCGUCCUCAGUUUUAAAGCGUAGCUCCCAGUCCCAGGAGAAGAGUCCUGCUGAGAAACUGGACUGAUCCUGAUUUAACCAUGUAGUGCUUCAGGAAACUAAGAAUACAGCAAAGGAGACAGCGAACAUUUUCCUCUCUGUCUCUGUGAGUGUCUAUGUUUUUGCUUGGCUUGAUGAGGAGUACCAGGAGUCUGGAGUCCCGGGGUUUCCUGACACGUUGGCGGUGUUGUCUCAUAGACGCUCUGACUCACACACUGACACAGAGAAGUCUGCUGCAGGUUAAUCUGGUCAGCAGGAAGUCCAUCUGUGCCAUAUGUAGACCACAUGCUCUUUGUUGUUGUGAUGCUCUUUAGGCCUAAUCUGUAAUCCCCGCAAUUACCUUUUCCUCGAUUUGCUGUAAAUUACUGAAACGGGACCUGAAUAAAUGUUAGCAGACAGUCUCUACCGAUCUACUGAAGUAUUAUAAUGUUACCUGUGAGGGUGGUCUAUUCACUAGUGUUAACCUUUUACCUGAUUUCAAUCCAGCACUGCAGUAAGCUCUUUUUAUAAUACAUGAGUUCACUAUCAAGUGUUGGAGUUUUAAUUCAGCUCAUCAUCGCACUGCUUCAACCUCAAGUCACAUUAAUCAUUCAGAGGUGUAAGAUUUCCACAGAUGAAAAAUUAAAGUCAGCUAGUGAGCAGAAGUUUGUGGCAGCUCGACUCAAACUCCCUGAAGGCUUGAAAAUGAAUCUCAGAGAGACACGGCCUUAUUUUCUCUAAGUGUUAUUUCCUCUAUUCAGUAUAAAAACUGGUUUUAGUAUCACAGUCGGAGGAAGAAAUCGGUGCAGGUGAGGAGCUGGGCAGUGAGAGACAAACUGGUGGCAGCUCAGCUUUCAGCACCUUUUGUUACUUGUGAAUAUCAAACCAGGAUAACUCUUCAAAAAAAUUCUCCAUCACAGGGUCUGACUCUUGUAGAAAAAAGGAUAUUUUGGCUUGUUUAUUAGCAAAAAGUCCAGUGGCAACUCAGCUCUCAGCCCUUCCUGUGAACUGUGACUAUCAAAGCUGAGCAUCAGGGAAACCGUAAAAAAACUGCUUUAUUUACAGAGUCUGAUUUCUGUGAAAAUUUUAUAUCUGGGUACUUUGUUAGAGAAAGGCAGCGGUAGCUCAGCUCUCAGUCUCUCCCGUGAACUGAGAUGAUCAUUAGGGAAACAGUAAAAAACAACCUUAUUUACAGAGUGUAAUAUCUGUGAAAAUUUUAUAUUUGGGUAGUUUAUUAGAAAAAGGCAUUGGUAGCUCAGCUGUCAUGCCUGAAUAUUAAAGAGGAGCAUCAGGAAACAGGAGCAAUCUUAAAAAUGUCGUUUUGUUUUUUUUUUUUUUUGUUUGUUUUGUUUUUUUUUAACACUGAUUGUUUUGAAAACUGUAUUUUGGCUUGUUAAUUAGACACAAGUAGGUGGCAGCUCAGCUCUCAGCCCCCCAUAGACAGAAAAUAACUUAAUUAGCCUUUUACAGGAUCUCAUCACUUACUCUUGUUAUUUUGAAAGUUCAGUGUUUUGUUUAGUUUGUUAAAAAAAACAAAAAAAACAGGGAGCAGCAGUUCAGCUCUCAGCCCCCCUGAUUUAAAAAAUGGUGUUGUAUUAAGAGGUAAAUACUUAAUUUUAGCCUGAACAGGAUCUCCUCACAGGUUCUGAGCGUUUGAAAAGCGUAUAUUUUUGACCAGUUCAUUAGCAUCAUCAAAGAUUGUUGCAGCUCAGCUAUCAGCCUCUCAGUAAUAAAAGAGAGCAACUGAAAAGACGUCACAUUCAAGAAAAAACACCUGUUUAACUUUUUAAAGGUUUGGCUCUGAAUGUUGAAAAAAUUUGGUAUUUUGCCUCGUGUUUUGUACAGAAACAAACAACAGCUCGGCUAUCAGCCCCUUAAAAAAAAGAGCACCUAGAAAAACGUCACAUUUGAGAAAAAACAUCUGUUAAGCUUUUUAAAGGUUCGGCUCUGUAUGUUGAGAAAAUGGGUAUUUUGGCUAGUGUAUUGUACAGAAUCAGCUCAGCUCUCAGCCCCUCCAGGCGUCCUGCCUCUAUCAGAUCUUGUUGUUUUGAAUCUGGUGUUUGUUCUUCCUCAUCAGAAGCCCUCAGCUCCUCUUUUCCCUCAGCUGGCUGGUCCAUGUGUUUGUGGAAAGCCCCGGUUGCUGCUGCGUUGCUCUUUGAAUUAUGACUCAGCUGAAAACAUAAGUGCAGGGCUAAGAGAGAAAUUUGUGUUUUUUCUAAAUCAUGAUUCAGAUUUUUAAAGUCGGAGACAGACGUAGCUGACAGAAAACUGUUUUCCUCUUGUUUGUGUCACAUCAAAACAUUUUGUCGUGUUGAAUGUCUCAUGGUAGGGAGAGGUUAAAGAGAAACAAUGGCGGUAAUCUGAUGGAUUCUGGGGUAAAAAUAGAUGGUGUGUCUGUUUUGUUUCUCUGAAAAACUUUCCAAAUUGCUGUUUUUCCUGUGUUUGUUUGCAUUCACCUCAGCAGCGCCAGGAACAAAGUGCAGCAGAGCUUUAAUUUAGGUCUCCUCCUCUGCAGCCGUGUCUGCAGGUCGUCCCAAAAGACUGUUUGCUUUCAUUAAGCCGUCUGACUGUUGCCAAACACUGCGGCUGUAAGGAGCAGGAUUAACAUGAACUCAACACUUCCGCAGACUCCUCAGUCAACUCCGGGGCUUUGUGCCGCAGAUCGUUUAUUCACCGAAGUUUGUCUGCGUUCAUUCUGACAGAAACAUGGCGCCUCUCGAGGGGGACGUUGUUUCUCUGGAUUCUGGGAUAUGUUUGUCAAUCUCGCCGUGUCCUCACUGAGACAUCAAUAGAAACUGUUGUGUAAUAAUGAGCUGAUUUCGUCUCUAGGAUAACCCAGAUUGUUUGGGUGUCUUAAGGGAUCACCUCAGACUCUCCUGGUACCUGACGUGAACUUUUAAACCCAGCUGACGCUCCUCCACAUAAGCCGGACAUUGUCAGACUGAGCGCAGUCUCUUGAAUGGAUGGUAGCUGCUGCUUGUUGGCAAAGAUCGUAGAAAUAAUGGAUCGAGAAGCCGUGACAUCAUCCGUCGGUUUCUCGGCUCUCUGAGAUGAAGCCUCAAGCUCGGCGCCGUGCCACCACCAUGUUGGUUUUGUGGAGACAGAAGUGACCGAGGGUGGAGCUGGAAGGAACGAAGGGUCGGUAAACUCUAAAGCUCUCAAAGCUAGACUGGAGACGAACCAGAAAAUAUUCAAUUAUCUUUUCACUUCUAGCUCCUCUAACCCCUCUGACGGAGGAACAGAUGUUUAAAAAAAAGCUAAAGGAGCUCAUUUAUGAGUUUUAAAUAUGUUACACAGCCAGAUUAUUCAUCCAAUUUGGAGGUUUUAAAGGAAGAAACGUGACCACUAAGUUCUGUUUGGUAACUCAGUCAGCUGUGUUGAUGCCUGACAGAUAACUAGCUGUGUUAACUGUCACUCCAGGAGGCCACGCCCCCUUAAAUUUCUGGCUUCGUUGAAUUUAAUUGUUUGAGUCAUAUUUAAAGAAGCUCCAAAGAGUUUGUAAGUUUUCAUUUUUUCUGUUUUAAAUUAGCAUUUUAAUACAGGGACCAAUGGGGAGUCCUUGGCUUUUGCAGCCAGCCUCAAGUGGACACUGGAGGUACUGCAGGUUUUUGCACUUUCAUGUUGGCUUCAUGUAGAUUUUGGGAGAGAACUCAUUAUCUGUAACAGCUCUUAUGUGUUGCUUUAAUAGGGUUUCAUAGCUGAAAAUGAGGCAGAGAGAAGACUUUACUGCUCUCGAGUUUUAUCCAUGUGAUUCUUAGUUCACUGCAGAGCAAAUACUGCAACGGUGAACUUUUUCAUUUGGUUGGUGCAAAGUUGUUCCUCUUCCUGCAAGAUUGUCCCGAUUUCGUAAACAUUUGCAGCUUUGGAAAACUUUUGCAAACGAGGGUUAAAUCAGUCCAGGACCGUCUGAGGCUCGACCUCCUGCUGGUAACGGCACAACUUUUCCAGAUGUGUGGAAACAGUUUGGAGAGACGACGAGUUAUUUCAUCUGUUCGAGAACAUUACAAAAACAGUGUCACCUUUAACACACAUUCACAGGAUCCUGUAAAGAGAUUGACCUUCUGCUCUCUCAACAUUUCAUCAGUUUGAGAGGAGAACUGGAGGACGGUACGUCAGCACAGAGAGCUGCAGAGAAUGGAGGUGCUGACGCCUCCUCUCAUUAAUCAGACACAGCAGAGUGCUCGAAGCUGCAAACUUCAUGUGCGUGUCUGCGCCGAGAUAUCAUAAGUGCACUUUGCUUUAUUGAAUAAACUGAACCUCCUGCUCCAUGUGGGUAAAAAUGCAAAGACAACAUCUUCAGUGUGGCAGUCAGAGGAGGCUCAUCACGGCUGUUUGGCCCAAGGAUUUAACUUUUAAUGAUGAGGGUUUUUUUUGGGUGUGAAGUUUUGUAGAUCUUAUUUAAACAAUAAAAAUUAAGUUGGGCUUUGUCACCAUUCACCUUCAUUACCUUAAAACACCAAGCACAAGUUAUAACACCUACUUAAUAAACCCUUGACAGAAUACUGACUUUUUUGUGACCUUUAAGAGCCAGAAAAAGGUCAAACUGUCUUCUUUUGGGACCUUUUCCACCAAGUCCACAAUGUGCAGUUUUUGUGCGUUCUCUGUAGCUCUUCCCAGCACCAUUAAUUUUCAUCAUUCUGAGUUUACAGUCUUUAUAAACUGGAUUAGUUGAUCUUAUUCUGACAAAACUUGAUUGUCGUAACUCUCUACCCUAAACCAGUUCACCCAGACUCGCAGGACCCACUUCAGCUGGUCAGUUGUUGUCUUAAAUCAGUCUUUUUAUUCAAACAAACACAACACAAAGGUUUUCUGUACUUAAUAACAGACAUCGUCGUCUUCAAAUGUCUGAUUAUCACCUGAUUGAGGAGGAAAGCGCCUGUGCAGAACCCUGAAGGUGAAUUUCAGUCACGCCUGGCUGCUUGCGGCGAGCGUCUGCUGUCAUGAUGGUGCAGUUUAGUGAUGAGGCGUCAUCCUCUCUGCCUCUGUCUCCUCAGGACAACAGGUUUCAAAUCUUUCACGAAGCAGCUCUGCCCAUCCUCGUCCUCUGGAGACGGCAGAUUUGAGGCGAGCCUGUUGGUCCUGUUCAUAGACAUCCAGCGUUGUGGGCAGUCCAGGGAUUUGGACUGGGAUUAGCGGUGGAUUAGUAGUUAUGUCAGAUGCUGCUGCGGUUUGUGGAGAUUAUGAGGAAUUCGAGGAGUGAACGAGCUUGACCAAUGAGAAGGAGAGGGAGUGCAAUAUUUACGCCAGAAAAGAUGAAAACAUCAGAAAAGAUCAGCUCAGAGGGAUGUGAUUACAGUGGGUGAACACCAACAUGAACAUAUUGAUCCCUGAGCUUUCAGAGAUUACACACUGGAAAUUUCAGGACAGCCUGUAUUUUCCAGGGUUUUUAUUCGCACAUGUCCGUCACAGCUCGAGAAAUGUUUCUAGAGGCUGGAUAUGACAAAAAAAAGACACCUGAAGUCCUCAUGUGGUUUUCUAGGUGUAAAUUCAGUGUCACAGAUUCUAAACCGCCCCUUUUCCCUCCUCAUUGUGUGCAGGUCCAGCUCUUCACAUGGCCACGGUGGACAUCAAGAACCCGGAGAUCAACAACGUCCGCUUCCACAACUCCCACAGCCACCAGCAGCCGUACCACCUCAACAACAUGCUGAGCCACAGCGGGCUGAACCGGAAGGACAAGAAGACCAAAGGCAAGAAGAAGAAGCUGACCAAGGCCGACAUCGGCACGCCCAGCAACUUCCAGUGAGUCGAACUUUGACUAUUCAACAUCGUAACGUGUUGUCAUGGAGACUUUAGAUCCUUCUUCUCUCACUGAAUGAAUCUGUCAGGUUGUAAAUGUUAAAAAGGUAACUUAGGAUGUAUCUGUGUCUGGUGAAGGAUCCGUACGGCCCGGUCUGAUCCUGCAGGAACUCUCUGCUACUGUAAACAUGUUGCGUUAGGUUCUGAGGUCUCUCAAUGCCCACUCUGUCUCUGUGACUGAUGUGUGUCUGUCUGUGUGUGUGUGUGUGGGCUCACUAUUUAGCAUGUGCACACGGCCGCCCACAUGAACAUGCAAAGUAGCUCCUGAACUGGUCUGUACUGAUGUGUUUGUAUGCAGACAUGCGUGUGAUCUCACCACUUAUCUGUCCCGUCUUCUGCAGGCACAUCGGUCACGUGGGCUGGGACCCAAACACAGGUUUUGAUGUGAGUACCCCCCUCUCCAAACACACUCACUCAGAAACACACGCUCUCGCACGGGAGCACAAUAGCGACCUGUGUGGCUGCUGCAUGACGAAAUCGCACAAUAGGCUCUUUUUACUUCCUGCGCAUAUUCGCAAACAUCUCAGAAGCUGCGCGCAGACACAGAAUGUUCCAGAGAGGAGGAAGAAGCAGCAGCAGAGCGUCAUCAGAGAGGUUCAUGAAGAAAAGAUUAAGAAAAUAAAAAAAGUGCAUUUAAAACAUCAGCAGCCCUGAGAGUCAAAAAGCUGCAGACUUGUUUUGCAGCACAAAAAAUGAAGUUUAUUCUGCACACGAAGACUAAAAACAGAAUUUUAAAGUUUGCAAACCUUUUGUUGAGAAAAUACAGCUUCUCAUGGUUGAAAUUUUACUAUGAGUGCUUUAAAAAGUGAGGAAAGGGAUCAUCUUUACCUGUGUGUUACAUCAGCUCUUCUUUUAACUACACUGUGCAAAUAUUUGAGAACUGGGGAAACCAGAUCCUGGAGUCUGGGAAGGGAUAUGUGGUCUCGUUCUGGCCUGACAGAGGAUUUCAGCUGCUCAACAAACAGUUCAGAUCACUUUUUGUGAACCUUUAUUUUCAUGAUACAUCUAUACGUUCCAAUUCUUCAUUGAAAGGAGACGCGCUAGGAGACGCAAAGAAAACACAGAGCACAGACACAAACCGGUUCGCAAUAGGAGCCGGUUCUCGGUACCCAAUCCUAUCCCAAACCUAUAGAUAUUGUUCUGCAUUAAUGGAGCCUUUACUGAUGAUAUGGACUCUGAUGGUCCCCAUACCAUCAGGGAUGCUGGACUUGGACUGGGAGCUGAGAACAAGUCAAAAAGGCCCUCAAGCCAUGAUAUCGAUAUGCAUGGUUCAGUUUUAACCUGCAUUUAUGACGUCCACACAGAAUGUUUUAAGCCAAUGCGGUGAUUCCCACUGCAGAGUCAUGGCUGAGUUUAAUGACCACAGGACAGUUUUCUUCUUCACCUCAGUCCAUCCUAAGGUUUUGGUUCCUACGUCAUGCUGAAACGUACAGGAGCUUCAUUAGUCUAAAGAAUAAACACAGUUCAACAAAAAAAUCACAUUCAGUCCUUUAAACCGUUUUUUAAAAUGGGAAGCUCAGAGAAACCUUGAACAGAGGAAUGUGAGAACGAAGACUCCACGUUCAUUAGUGGGAAUAAAAACUGUCAGUCAUUCAGGUGCAGAGACAAUGAAGGGAAGUGAUAGAAAAGAGGAUCCUUGAAAUGCAGUUAGAGAACAGUGAUGAUGUUACUCUCAGGCUUCAUCAGCAGUGUUCGCAUUUCUAAGUCUGACAAACGUCGGUGGAUCUGACCAGGAAGCCGUCUCUGGUCUCCGAGCCGCUGAAGCGUGCGUUCAGACUGACAGGCCUAACGAGCAGGAGGCGACUCGCUUCCCAUUCACUGCCUCCUAAUUGUCUCUGUUUACUCGACUGACCGGGCACGCCGAACGACCCUGAAAACAUGCGACCUUCACGCGUCAGUCACACACUGAAUUCCCAGAAUGCACUGCAGCGUGAUGGAAACAAAAGGUGCGAAUACUUCCGAGGGACUGCAGGUUAAUGUUUGAUUUAAUGGAAAAGCAGCCGAGGGGUUUGUUUGUGAUGUUUCUGACAGGUUGUUAUUCCACCUGCUGACCACUAGGGGUCACACUGACACUGCGGUUCUGUGAGGGCGUUUCUUUUCAGAUGGAGGAGUUCAGAAAAAGCCAAACAGACAAGAGUAAAAGAUGAAAAAAAGAGAGUUUACCCAAACAAUCAUCUUCACAUGAACUAAAACAUCCAGCGGGAGGACGUCAGCGGUCUAAAACACAUUUUUAUUUCACUUCUGUUGCAGCUGAACAACCUUGACCCCGAGCUAAAGAACCUGUUUGACAUGUGCGGCAUCUCCGAGGCUCAGCUGAAGGACCGAGAGACGUCGAAGGUCAUCUACGACUUCAUCGAGAAGAAGGGAGGAGUGGAGGCGGUCAAAAACGAACUGAGGAGGCAGGGUGAGGACAAACGAACACACACGUGCUCAAAUGAACCCCACAGAAAACCUUUGAAUCUGGAUUUGAUUUCACAGUGAGUGGGUUUGCUGCUGUGGGGCCGCUUCCUCCAGGCAGGCGUUAAAAAACUAAUUAAAGAUCUGAUUAUUAGAGAAAUCAUGCAGCGUUUGCAAAGCCUCUCCCUGAUCGACACGAGUGAAGUCCCUGAACUCUGCGCUGGGUUUAUUGAAGCUCCAGUGAGGAGUUUUUAGGCGGUUAUGAAACUGAAUUUAACAUCAACGCCUUUUUAUGAUCCAAGAAAUCGAAUUAGACCAUCAGGACCUAGAUCGACUGUUUCUCUCUUAAAUUUGGACACACCGAAAGACCCCGCUCAUGAUGACACCAUCGAACAUUUACAGGACCGAGAGGAGGAGGCCGGAGUUCCUCACAGGAGCUUUAAUCACAGGAAGCUCUAGUAGUGCCUGUAACACCCACCAGGGGGCCGUAGAGCCCACGUGAAAUCACAAAUGAACUCUUUGAGUACUCCAAAUCUCUAAAAACAUGUGCAGACGACUCUUUUUCUUCCACAGCAGCAACUUUAACCCUUUACAAGCUAACAGACGAUAUAAUGAGCCAAAAAGAAAGACUAACAGACUUGUUCAGCUUUAAUUUUGUUGUGGUCGUCUGUUAAAGGAGCUUUAAAGGUGCAGGUGACUUUUUUAUAACCUUAUUUGAAAUCGUCUCCCAGUUUCGUCUCAAACCAUCGCACUCUCCAGACGACAGGUUUGAGGUGCGCACAUUGAACAGAUCUCCUCGUCAGUCUCCAUGAUCCUCUGUGACAGACUCGGCGGCGGCGGCUGUCCUGACUUUCUCACCAUGUUUUAUUCAUGUUAAACUGCUCCGUUUGAAGGCAGGACUGAGGACUGGAGUGUGACCAGAAUCUGGAUUUAAGGGGGAUACAAGUGUGUGUGUCAAAGCGUGUGAUGAUUCGAAUCUCAUGAGGGAAGGUGCAUUAAAAUAUAAAACAGGGAAGUAAUUCAGAGGUGAUCCUGUUCGGUGGAUUUAAUCUUGUUUGCCAGGAGUUGCAAGGCUGCAUUCAAAUAUUAGCGUCUUAUUAAACAUCUUAUUAUUUUGGAGGUUUCUUUAACUUUACCAACAUCAUUUUUCUGUCGUAUACAAUCAAACAAAACUGAACGAACAGAAGUUACAGCAGUAGGUCGACUUAUUUAGACGAUUCUUGAUCAAAUUUAUUAAAUUGUAAGGACUGAUUUUUUCUUUUUCAGACAUUUAUGUAGGGAAAUAUUCCCCGAUACUCUGCUUUCAGCGUUUUUUCAGUUGUAUUUUUAGUCUGCGGUUGUCUGAAACUAUCUUCAUGAAUCAUGUAAGUGCUGUUUUCUACCUCUGAUUUUUAUCUAAAAGGCCAAAAUAUUCCUAUUUACAAGUAUUAUUGGAGCAUAUUGAUCAAUAUUAAAUUGAAAUGGAGUUGUUUUUUCUAAUUUAACUGUGUCUUUUAAAUUUCCAGAGUUUGGUUUUAAGAUUUUAAAGAAUUUUGUCUCAAGAAAAGUAAAAUUGUAAUGACGUCCGUUCUUGGUUUUUGCGCUUCAGUCUUUUCCUCUUGUCUAAAAUGAUUCGUUAAUUUAAGGUAAAUAUUGAUCAGCUGAUUGGAAAUGCUAGCGAAGUGUUCCUUCAGAUCGGUAUAGGAGUGUGAACAUGCUGGAUCGGUUUGUUGUGAUGUGUGCGAUAAGGUUGUGUCUGACAUCACCCUUACUGUAGUGUUGUUUGUGGUUUCGACCAAUCAGAAUCGAGUAUUUAACCCAGCUAGGUGAGCGUGUUUGAUCUCAAGUCUCGUCUCAUGUCUGUCUUCCGCAGCCCCCCCUCCACCUCCAUCUCGUGGUGGCGCCCCUCCGCCUCCUCCGCCCCCCCACAGCACCGCUCCACCUCCUCCCCCUCCUCCAUCCAGAGGGGGUCGUGGAGCCCCUCCACCUCCUCCUCCGUCCAGAGCCCCCGCCUCGGCCCCUCCUCCUCCACCUCCUACCAGACCAGGAACUCUGGGAGCCCCACCACCUCCACCUCCUCCAAACAGAGGAGGUCACCAGCCCCCUCCUCCUCCCCACCAUCACCACCAUCAGCCUCCUCCACCUCCCCCUCCAUCCUCCUCGCACUCUACCGUGGCCCCUCAGGCUCCACCCCCUCCUCCUCCUCCACUGUCUCAUCAGUCUCCUGUAAACACAGGUGGUAGCUCCGCCCCUGCUCCUCCUCCCCCACCUCCUCCUCCACCUCCCCCUCCCGGCCCUCCUCCCCCUCCAGAGCUGGACGGCAUCGGUGGAGGCGGAGACUCUCCUCAUUCGCCGAGCCCCGGCGGGAAAUCGGCGCUGCUGGAGCAGAUCAGAGGAGGAACCCAGCUGAAGAAGGUGGAGCAGAACAACCGACAGCCGGCCACGGGCACGGGACGGGACGCCCUGCUGGACCAGAUCAGACAGGGGAUCCAGCUCAAGACCGUAAGACCACCACAGAGUCGGUUCUCAUAACGACUGAUAUGUAAUAAGUGUAAUAUUCAGACUCAAAGGGGGGUAACAAACCUGGACCCUCUGCAGCUAAAGGGGGUCCUCCUGUGCUUGUCGUAAACUAAAGUGGAUCUGGUUUUGUGUCUGCAGGUGUCAGAUCAUCCAGAGUCCAGCCCUCCAACACCGGCUCCUGCAGCGGGUAUCGUCGGCGCUCUCAUGGAGGUGAUGCAGAAGAGGAGCAAAGCCAUCCAUUCCUCAGGUAAUUCUGCAGAACUUCAGACCAGCUACACUGACUCAAGUCUGCUGGUGAUGGUCUGGGUUUAGGUAUCCCAUUUAUGCUCAUGUUCAACCCCAUACCUGGAUUUCAGAGGUUCUGAGAAACCUGAUUUUGCCACCUGCUGAACCCAAAAGAAACAGGGAAGGUUUUCCUUUAGUCACGUGAAGCCUGAUGUUCCUGGUUUUACAAAGACCUCAUGUAAAGAUCGAGCCUCUAACCCGGGAUUUCCACCGCAUCCGGAGCGGCUCCAAUCCUGAGCAGCGGCGUUUUUCGCUUUACGCCAAUUCCUAGGCGAGGCGAGCUUUGUGGCGGAUUACGGACAGUUGGAAUCAUAGAGAAGUCCCAAGAACCUGCAGAUUCACGUGCAAUCACGCGAUCGUCUUUAGCCACAUGGGCUAACCAUAUAAGCAGUAGAUUGUGUCCUUCAAGAGGAGGAAAUCUACUUCUAGACUUAUAAAAUCAGCAUCUCCUCAUCCAUGGUGUCAUCGGGGAGAAAUGACGUCUAAAAACCUUUCACUUGUUCGUCCCCGCCUGUUUGCAUAGUGUGAAAUACGAACCGCUUGAAACACGGAGUGUUUUAUUUUGAAAAGAAGCCGGAUGUUUUAUUUUGUGUCUGUGCCCGACUUCCUUUCCAGCACGGGUUAAUCUGUGCUGAAUUUAUCCAGCAUGCUUCAGCGUCCGGAAAAAAAAGAACUCUUGUGAUCCGCAGCGGAACAGAAAGAAGCCGAUGGAAAUUGACACAUUUACUUGAAUGGUUACAAUCAGCGAAUACAGCUUUUUCGUAGCCAUUCCAGAUGCAGUGGAAAUUGGGGGUAAUGGGACGUGAUGAUUCAGAGUUUAAAGGAUGGAGAGAUGCUGAUCACUCUCAGCUUCUUAUAAUGUCUCCGCCACUUUGCUGCUGAGUGUUUGUGAUCAGAUCCUCUAAAUGUGUCUUCUGCCUUUUUUUCCCCCAGACGAAGACGAGGACGACGAAGAAGACGAGGACUUUGAGGAUGACGACGAGUGGGACGACUAGUUGAAGACUUCUCUCCUCGCCCAGAGUUGACACUAAAUAUCUUCUAAAAAUCUUCCAGCAUCUGACUAAAACUGUAAUGUAAAUGUUGUAUGAAUCGGCUGUAUAUUUAUUUUUUGCCUUUUCCUUUUUUUAUGAUAAUUAAUCUGUGCAAUACCUCAUCUGUUCAUCACACACCCUCAUCAGUAGAGACUCUACACUUUCCCCCCCAGGACAUCCUGAUGUUAGAAAGCACUUAACACCUCCAUCAGCACAAUGUGGAGACCCAGCUGGCUUCAUUUCCUUAGAAAUAACCGAUAAUAUCAAACGCCGGCUCCUCAGCUGAGAGCAUCUGUGCGGAGUCUUCGUGAUCUCCGUGGGAAAAAAGUAUUUUUUUCGUUCAUUUCUUUGUGUUUUCAUUCCAAGUCUAAGAAACUGAAAAGGGAGACAUGUGCGACUCAAACAGGCAGGAUCCUCUUUGUGUUUGGCAUUUAAACCAAGAUAACGCUAUUUUCGUACCCAUACGUUUCCUGAUGAAUCCUAGUUUAGUCGUGUUGUUGUUUUUUUUCUUCAUGAAUCUUUUUUGACCAAAACGCGGCUCCUGAGUCGCCCUAAUUUUAGUUCAGCGUUCGUUUUUUUAUGAAAUUAAAGCCGUUCAUUUGCACACAGUUUCUAUGAUAGUUCAGUUCCGUGUUGUUUUGAGUGUGUGUGUGUGUGUGUGUGUUUGUCACAUGUUUUUAUUUUAUUUCCAAAAGGUCACGGCGCAACUUUCAGAAAGCGUGAAGAGCUGAUCUUUACGUCGGACUUCAAACAUGACUGAGUUUUUUGGGAUUCAUCCAAAAAUUUCGUGUACACUUCCACACAGACUGUGGCAUUUGUGAAAUGAUGGACGUUUUGUUCUCAGUGUCUGGUUGGUUGUUUUUGUUGUGACAUCAUUCCGUUAUUUCCUGCAGGAGGAAACAUCUGUGGCGCUCCAGUCGGCGUUUCAAACAGAAAUCACGUCAUGCAUAAAAAGAUAAAAACGCUCAUCCUCCUCCAUCUUUGAUUUAACCAACUAUAAUUUUAUGCAAUGCGACAGUAAAUGCCUCCUCGUGGAGAAUAAAUAAAAAAGCAAAUAAUAAUGAACCAAAUGUGGCAUUUGCAAGCAGCUUGUGGGUUUGGCGAUGCUUGUGAUCCUCCGUGUGUAAACGGUGUAAAGAAGUAACUUUUAACUGUCCGUCUAAGAGUUUUUACCGUCCUCCAGCGAGGCUUAAUGCUGCAUCGAAAAGCCGAGAUACUGACAGCGAAAACCUGUGAAAAGGGUUGGGGAGGGGUGGGGGGGCAAUGAGAAUACUAAAUUGUAUACUUAAAUAAAUGUUAAUAUUUACUGAAAAACA